AUGGCCUAUCUGAUUGCAGUAUGGACAUUCUGCUUGCUCUUGACACGAGUCGCCAACGCGACCAAGUAUGGCACGAUCGGUUACGGCAUCAACAUGUUCCACCCAUUCUGCUGCUAUGCCUGCCACGACUCGUUGUCAAUGGUGUACCUCAACUGCACAACCUUUUCGGAGUCCUCUGGCGCUCAUGAUGGCAUGUCUAUGAAGCUCGUUAAACGUAUGGGCAUGGACAUGGCGGGCUCGACCAGCGAUGAAUGCUACGCCACCAACGAGCCAUAUCUGCAGUCCUUCGCCUACUGCAUCCAGUCACACUGUGACAUCGAGGGUCUUCCCCGUGAGAAGCAGAAUGCAUGCUUCCGAGAGAUGGCUGCAAAUGGACUAGCAGUUCCUUCGCUGGAAGACUCCUUGCCGACUGCUCCCCCAACGGAAGAGCUUGCCGAGCAUGCUAUGUGGCUAAACACGACAAUGCAGGUCAACGAAGCCUACUGGAAGGCUGAUAGGGGGACCAUUGACGAAUUUGAGCAUUCAGAAGUGUACCAUGUCCGAUUCUCCAUUGUCGUCAUGGUUCUGAGUGUCGGCAUACCACUGCUGGCGGGCUCGUGGCUGUGGCUGACCGCUCUGCUCCCAUGGAACCUGCGGCAGGACGGGCUCGUUGUCUGGUUGCAGGGGAGCUUUCUCCUGCCCGCACUGCUGCGAAAACGACAUUCCCAGCCCCUACCAUUCAGACUCGGCUACCUUCCCAAUCGCAGUAUGGCGGUCCUGUUCACGCUCUAUGUUAUCCUGAAUAUCGUUUUCUGCGCCGUGCCUUACAGAAGUGUCCAGCCAAAUAGUUGGUUCUCCAACAGAAACCAAGAGAUGGCAGCCUACAUCGCCAACAGGACAGGAGUGUUGAGUUUCGCCAACAUGGCCCUCGCCAUCCUUUUCUCGACCCGCAACAACCCUCUGAUGUACCUCAGCGGUUGGUCGCAGACGACAUUCCUCGCUUUCCACAGGUGGGCAGCUCGAGUUGCGAUCUUACAGGCCGUUGUCCAUUCGAUCGUUUACACUGCGGACUAUUGCUACUACAAGGACGGAGGCAAUGCGUACUACGCAGAGGCCACGAAGCCGUAUUUUUGGUGGGGCAUCAUCGCGACCACGGCCAUGGGCUUGAUGGCUGGUCUUUCGGCUCUGCCCCUACGCAUGUAUGCCUAUGAGCUAUUCUUGGGCCUGCACAUCAUUCUGGCUAUCCUAUCGCUAGUGGGAUCCUGGUACCAUGUUGAUCUCAGAUUCAACAAGAAUUGGGGCUACGAGGUGUGGCUGUACCUUGCUUUCGCCUUCUGGGCCUGGGACCGUCUUGUGCGGCUUCUCAAAGUAGCCUACUACAACCUUCCGACUGGGACAUCAGCGCACGCCGAGCUCCUCCCGGGUACCAAUGUAGUUAUGUUGACGAUGUUCCCAGCCAGGCGCUGGGAAGCCCGCCCAGGUCAGCACACAUUCGUAUACUUCCCGUUGCUGAAGAGGGUUUGGGAGAAUCACCCGUUCACUAUUCUGGAAUGGGGGAUGAUUUCUCCUUCAUCGCAGGCUCAUCCGGCACCAGACUCGAGUUCAGGGGAUCAAACUCCUAACAAGGAAGGCUCCCUAAACCUCUCGACCACAGAGCGUGACCGGCACUGCCACCUUUCCGAAGAACCCCGAUUCUAUAUCCGCUGCCUGUUCAGAGCUCACAAAGGUGCGACCGGCGAGCUGCGCCGCGCACUGCUGAAAGCGCAGUCACCCACGUCCACCAUCGCAACCAUGGUGGAAGGACCGUACGGCGGUCUUGAACUUCCAACCAGGGCCAUCCUACAGCAUGCAGACAGAAUAAUCUGCAUCGCAGGGGGCAUUGGAAUCACCUAUGCGGCCAGCUUCGCCAGACAAUUUGCUCACGAGCGAGCGAGGUUAAACCCCUCGUCGCCGAAAGACGCCGCCAAGACACUCUUCCCACGGUGCAAGCAGUUUACUUUGGCAUGGACGGUCCGCGAGCCCGAGCUCUUCCAGUACGUAAGACGCGACCUGCUGCCCGAUCUUUCCGAGGGCGGUCUCGACGAUGAGUCCAUGCGGUAUAGAUUCUGGAUUACCCGUACUCGCGCAGGAGAGGAGGUGCCGGACACGACAUCUGCAACCCGCGCACCUGCCGUCGAUAUCCUUCCCAACAAGAUCAGCGAAGCCACUGCGGAGACACACGCCGAGGACCUCGUCACCACAGUAUCAGGCCACAGGAUGGACGUCGCGCAGGUCAUUGCCGUGGAGUCCACUGUCAGUGACUCUCGUAUCGCCGUGCUUGUGUGCGGACCAGGCGGCCUAGCAGACGAGGUGAGGUUCCAGGUGGCCCGUACCGCGCGGCAGGGUGUCCUGGUUGAUCUGAUCGAGGAGACGUUCAGUUGGUGA